CAGCCCAAAUCCACAACCUGUUUGUUUCUCUCGCACACACAUACAUAUCCUGUGGAGCUGUUGCUGAGCCGUCACCUGCCUCUCCUCUUUUUCCAUCGACAAUUUUGCCAUUUCUCCUUUCCCUUUUCUGUCUGUUUUUUUUUAAAAACUCCAUCCACUGCUUUCUCGCCCAUCCAUCCACGUCCUUCCUUCGUCGCCCAUCCAUCCACCCGUCCACAUUCCCUUUUCUUUCCAACCAUCCUCCCACACCCCUCCAGUCCUUCUGUCCUUCCCUCCUUCCGUCAGUUCUCCACUUCCCAUCUAUCCCUCGUUCGUUGCAGAGUCUGUCAGCCUGGGAUCUACCCUUCAAUCCCUCUUCCCCAUCCUUCUUCCGUUAAUUUGGACAGCAUCGCCCGUCCUUCGGCAGCAUCGCUUGGUCCUUCUUUGAAUCCCUUCUUCCAUCCCGGUUCUUCCCUAUCCUUCCGUUCCAUCCCUUUCUUGAGCAUCCUGAUAUUUGUGGGGCUUCCCCCAGGGGGCACCAUGGCGCUGCUGAGCUCCCCCACCGAGACCGAGUGCUUAACUAAGCCACUUUUCUGCCGCAAGGGGGCGCUACGCCAGAAGGUCAUCCACGAGGUGAAGAGCCACAAGUUCACUGCCCGCUUCUUCAAGCAACCCACCUUCUGCAGCCACUGCACAGACUUUAUCUGGGGGAUUGGAAAGCAGGGGCUGCAAUGCUUAGUGUGCAGCUUUGUCCUACACAAGAGAUGUCAUGAAUUUGUCACUUUCGAGUGUCCAGGAGCUGGGAAAGGACCCCAGACAGAUGAUCCCCGGAACAAGCAUAAGUUCAAAAUCCACAGCUACAGCAGCCCAACCUUCUGUGAUCAUUGUGGCUCGCUCCUCUAUGGGCUGGUGCACCAGGGGAUGAAAUGCACUUGCUGCGAGAUGAAUGUGCACAAACGCUGUGUCCACUGUGUGCCCAGCCUGUGUGGUGUGGACCACACAGAACGCAGGGGACGCCUGAAACUCUAUAUUGAGACGUUUGGGAGUGAUGAGAUCCGUGUGACUGUUGGUGAAGCACUUAACUUGAUCCCAAUGGAUCCCAACGGUCUCUCGGAUCCCUAUGUGAAACUCAAGCUGAUCCCUGACCCUAAGAACCUAACAAAGCAAAAGACCCGGACAGUUCGAUCCACCCUCAACCCAGUAUGGAAUGAAACCUUCAUUUUCACCCUGCAGCCAGGUGAUAUGGAGCGCCGCCUCUCCAUCGAAGUGUGGGACUGGGACCGGACGACCCGCAAUGAUUUCAUGGGAGCCAUGUCCUUUGGGGUGUCUGAGCUUUUCAAGGGCCCUGUGGAAGGCUGGUACAAAAUGCUCAAUCAGGAGGAGGGCGAAUAUUAUAGUGUCCCCGUGGCUGAUGCAGAAAACUGUGGGCUGCUGCAGAAAUUUGAGGCUUGCAACUUCCCUCUGGAGCUCUAUGAGAAGGUUCGUCAUGGCCCCAUCCCAUCGCCAUCCCCAAGCCCCACAGACUCCAAGCGUGGUGGGUUCUUCGGCACCAACCGCUUCCACAUCUCUGACUUCAACUUUCUCAUGGUGCUGGGCAAGGGAAGUUUUGGCAAGGUGAUGCUGGCAGAGCGUCGUGGAACAGAUGAGCUGUAUGCCAUCAAGAUCCUCAAGAAAGACGUGAUCAUCCAGGAUGACGAUGUUGAAUGUACCAUGGUGGAAAAGCGAGUCUUAGCCAUGGGGGAGCGUCCCCAUUUCCUAACCCAGCUACACUCUACCUUCCAAACUGCAGAUCGGCUUUAUUUUGUUAUGGAGUAUGUCAAUGGAGGAGACCUGAUGUAUCAUAUCCAGCAGGUUGGGAAAUUCAAAGAACCCCAUGCUAUGUUUUAUGCCGCAGAAAUUGCAAUCGGCAUAUUCUUUUUGCAUAACAAGGGAAUUAUUUACAGGGAUUUGAAACUGGAUAAUGUAAUGUUGGAUGCUGAUGGUCACAUUAAGAUAACCGAUUUUGGGAUGUGUAAAGAAAACAUUUUUCCUGGCAUCACCACUCGGACCUUUUGUGGAACACCUGACUACAUCGCUCCAGAGAUUAUUGCCUAUCAGCCCUAUGGGAAGUCUGUGGAUUGGUGGUCAUUUGGAGUCCUUCUCUAUGAAAUGUUAGCUGGGCAGCCACCAUUUGAUGGAGAAGAUGAGGAUGAACUCUUCCAGUCAAUCAUGGAGCACACAGUGUCCUAUCCCAAAUCUCUUUCACGUGAGGCUGUCUCCAUCUGCAAAGGGUUCUUGACCAAACAUCCACUGAAGCGCCUGGGCUCAGGACCAGAUGGGGAACGGGAUAUUCGGGAGCAUGGCUUUUUCCGCUGGAUGGACUGGGAGAGAGUGGAGCGGCUGGAAAUCCCCCCACCUUUCACGCCCAAGCCGUGUGGCCGAAGCGGCGAAAACUUUGACAAGUUUUUCACACGGGCACCACCAGCACUGACCCCCCCAGACCAGCUGGUCCUUGCAAGCAUUGAUCAGAGUGAAUUCCAGGGGUUCACCUUCAUCAACUCUGAAUUUGUGCACCCAUCCACGUUGCAGCAGGGAAGCCUCUCCCCGACCAGCAUGCCCCUCUCCCCGACCAGCAUGCCCCUUUCCCCAACUGGCAUGCCCCUUUCCCCAACUGGCAUGCCCCUUUCCCCAACUGGCAUGCCCCUCUCUCCAACAGGGAUGAUCCCUUCCCCAACAUCUCUAGUGUGAGAAUGUAAGCCCUGAUGACCCUUGGCCCUAACAGUCCUAAGUCAAGUCUUGCCCAUAGUACUCUGCUCCUGAGAGCAUGACUCCAGCUCAAAGUUCACCCCUAAACCCUAAGCCUGACCUUAUGACCCCCCAAAAAAACAUUUUGUUAAUUUUGUCCAGUGUGUUGCUUCCCUCCUCCCUUACCAAAUAAAAUCAGUGAAAGCAAGCACACACAUACAACAUCUAUAUCUAUAGUCAAAGGUACUUUUUUUGAGCACCCCCAAGUUUAACUGAGGUUGUCUUUGCAUAAAGAGAGCAGUUUUGGCAUUUGUAUAAGAAUUGUUCAGGAAUUGUUCAGGAAUAAUGAUUCCUUCAGUAGUCCAGUUACAAGGGUCCAGGGGCCCCUGCACUACCUACUUUUGUAAGGUUCCCCUGAGCAACAAGGAGCUCAUAAUUUGGCUUAAAUGACAGGUUUAAGGAGAUGCUUCUGAAUUCUAAUAAAGGCCUCCUGUUCUUUCCCCUAUAAUUUGAGCAUUGGAUAAGUUUCCCAUGAUCAGAGAUUCCACUAAUUUGGUUUAAGCGUGAGAUAGCUUCUGGCUAAUUUCAGGCAAUGCACAUUAAAAAAAAGAUUUAAAUGGGUCCCUUACUUUAAAUGAUGGGAACUGUGGCUGAAAUUUGCCUAGAAACCAUUCAGGCCUGCCUUUUGCCCAAGAUCCAAGUUAACAACACUGUGUUGUAAAAACAGAGAUCCAAAUAGGAAACAGCCACAGAACCCUUUAACUCAACUUCUUGUUCACCUCUUACAAACGCCCAUGCGAUUUUUGGGCCCUGCAGAUUUUACUUUGAUGAGUUUGGUUUCUCUAAUGGAUAAGGGGAAUGCAGUCGGCAUAAUUAUACCCUGGAAUGAAAGAAGCAACCAUAUGGUGGGCCUGUGAUCAGUGACAAAAAUAUUGUCUGCGAAUUAUUACUCCCAUGUGUUAAUCGGCACUAAAAGGGAGAGAUGAGGGGGACUCACCCUUUCAUUGCUAUUUGUCCUGAUUAUAUAUACUAAAGGAUGAGCAUUUCUUCACAGGACUGUAGCUCAGUGGCUGCAGCGCUGCUUUGCAUGCAGAAAGCCCCAGGCUCAGUCCCCAGCAUCUCCCCAGGAAGUGCUUGGAAUGUCCCAUCUGAAACCUUAGAGAGCGCUGCCAGUCAUUGUAGACAAUACUGAGCUAGAUGGACCAAUGGUCUGACUCAGUAUAAGGCAGCUUCCUAUGUUCCCAUGUACAGGCUUAAAAUACAAGGGAUACGCAAUCUACAUUUAAGUAAUUCUUUGGAAGUAAAUGUUGAAUUGGGGGGAAAUGUCAAGAAGCAACAAUACCUUUCUCCCUUCCCCCACUGACCAACUGCUCAGAUAAAUUUCCUCUAACCUUUUCGGUCUCCAUUCCUUGUCCCUCUCUCGGGUCCUCAUCCUAAACUUCAUCUCCAUAGUGUUUUCCCUUUCUGCUACAGUGUGACAAUGUAAUCCUAAACCUGAUAGAUCUACCCAGACUAGUUGGAACCCUAAUUCCUUUUAUUUUACACAUAGCUAGGAUGCCUGCCUCCACAAAAAGCAUAGAAUCCUAACGGGCCCUCUUUCGCACUCCCCGCCUGGAUGGCUCACCCUUUGUGACACGAUCCCUGCCCUUAUUGAGUCCUGUUGGCUCAGACAGUCCCCUUCACCCCUGCCCCACUGCCAGCACUGACACCUUUGCCUUGCUUCCAUCAACAUGGCCGCCUGCAUCACCCACUCAGCUGCUGGAAAUCGAACUUUGGAAAGGAAGCGAUGACAGCGACAGAGGUGGCAUGCUAGACUCCGAGGAGGAAAUAUUUCCCUUCUUCCAUAAUAACAUACAGCAUGUCCAAAUGCAACUUUCUUUUUCUCUCUCUCCCUGGUGCAUGGACUAUUAUAUGAAUACUAUAAUAUAUUUAUUUAUUUAUUUAUUUAUACAUACUUCUGCAUUUCCAUCCUGCUAAGUGGACACUCAGCCCUCUGCAUCUGUUCACUCAAGUUACACCUGGUAGCCUCUUUCCAGCUUUAAAAAGCUCAAGGUGUGGUAAUCUGAAGACUGCUCCUUCACCCUGCCCCUCUUACUCUCCAAGAUUGCUCUCAGGACUGAUCAGGGCCUAUCCAUGCAGUCAUGACAUAUAUCACCUUACUUUUCGAUGUGGGAAAAUAUACCCUGUCAAUUUUGUGUAGUGAAUAUUUUCGUUACAUGAUGAAAGACUGGUAUUUCUUUUUACCACAUGAGAGAAACCCAUCAAAACCUAGAAUUUGACCUGAUUUGGACAAUACCAGCAGUUGUCAUAAGAAAAUGCAUUGAAACUGCAGCGCUUGCCAUCAGUGGCGGCUGGUGGCUCCAUGUCAGUGGGGCAGUGGAAUCCACUCUGGGUUUUAGUCUGAACUUUCAAAGCAUACCUUGGACAGCUUGACAUGGAGUAACUAGCCACCACUGCUCACCAUAGGAAAUUGAUGCGUAUAAGAUGAUCCCAGGGUGAUGUUGCUGUGCCAAAAGUUACAAAAACUGGUCUUAGUUGGCAACGGAGUGAGGGGCAGAGAAAUAAUUAUUCUGCUGGCAGGACAUGUUGAUGAACUAAGUGAAAAACUGAAAUGCCAUUCUCGUCCCCUCAUGCACAAAACUCCAGAUCCUGGUGCAUCUGGGUCAGCAGUCCUUUACUCAUCAUCUUGAAAUAUGUUGAGGCUAGAUAAAGCCUCCCUCACCCCACACAUUCAUGGAGUUAUGGAAGCCCACUCUGCAAGGCCCUUAGGCCUUCCUCUCUGGCACACUCUAAAUACAGAGGGUUUUCUCUGUUAUGGAAAUAUGUCUGCAGAGAUCCUCUGUGGUCUGAGCUGCGUAUGUGCCAGUGUGUGUAUUUACCUAAGUAGCAGGCUUUUACCCUGCAUUUAGAUCACUGAGACUUAAGACUUAGUAAAAUAAGAAAAACUACUUUAUUUAUAGAAAUACAUAGUAGAUAGGAAAGGCAUACCUAGUUCUAACUAUCUAAGUUGAAGGCGCAAUGCCCAGACUUGGGUAUUGCCCUCAUGGCUCAAGAGAGAGAGCAAAGACAAAGAUCUCUCUCCUCGGACAGUCAAAGAAGAAGACAAAGGAAGGAGGGGCAGGUCAGCUUCCCUGAGCAUAUCAGUUUACAAUGGAAGGAAGUUAGGUAGAGAACAGCACAGGUAGAGGUAGGCAAGCCUAGCCAGCUGGAGGACCCUAACUUCCUUCUGGAAUACAAACAAAAGAACCCAGACAGGAGUUGCUCUUACCCCACUUCCAACAUUCUCCAGCACCCAGCAGGCUACAUCACAUGGCUGAAGUAAGAGAUGAUAGGUUUAGUAUCCUAGGCCAAGGGCUGCAAAGCUGGGGACAUGGACACCAAAUGGGUAGCACUACCAGAGCCCCCUGCAGCCCAUCACCAACUCACCUAGGGAGUGGGGCCUGGAGCAAACGGAUAGCUAGCGCGUGGUUAGAACAAAAGAUGAGGGGAUCCAGAACAGCUGGGUUCAUGAAAGAUGAGUAAGAUUGUUAAGAAGACCAGGAGUGUGCCAGGAUAUUCUCUUGAGACAUUUCCAUAGCUCUUUUCCCUCUAGUUUUCUUGGUCCUUCCAGCACAUCAGUCUUCCAUCAGUUUCCUGCCUCAAUCCUUUUUGCUGACCCCAGCUUGGGAAUAAUCAGACAUCCACACCUCCUUCCCUUUAGCU